GCGGUUACGCGGUAAAAUGUAGAAAUAGGUAAACAUUUUAAAAUAGUUAUCAUCGUAGGAUGGACAUUGCGAGAAACACAGUACAUUGACUAGGUCAUUGGUCAAUAAUAAUUUUCAAAGAGUCAGAAUACGAAUAUCCUAUAUGUACUAAUUCUAAUUUACGUACUCGGCAUAGAAGACAAUUCGAUUAAUCCUGGAUCUGGAAUACCAUCGUGUUCCGAUGCAAAUUGAUUGGUUGAAUUGUCAAUAUCAUUGAUUGGAUUUGCUUCACUCUUGGUCUCCUAAGUUAAAAUUUCAUGUUGAUUUAUUUUAUAUUUUCAUUAAAUAUAAUUUUUGAAAAAUUCGUAAAAAAUGACAUCGUUGAAAUGCCCACCACGACCGCGCUCACAGGCAUAUCGUAGACUCACUGAAUUUUGUAGUUGAGCUUGACGAACUUGGCGAUCCAUAUUUCUUAUCUUCUCUAUCCUGGUUAUCCGUUAACGAAUGAAUUCAAGAGUUUCACCAUGCGUUUAUAAUAAACGAUAAAUUCGAUACGAAAUAGGGAAUUACUUAUUUGUACAGAAAAUAUUUGCUUCUUUUUUUUAGAAUGGUUUAGCCCUGAGAAUUAAAUUGAAAGGAAAAUAUUGUAACCAACCUUUGAAUUAUGGUACUCGCCGAGUAUCGAGUACUCUAACGGAUGCUGAGAAAUCGUUGCUUGACGUUAGUCCCUACAAGAUGCGCUGUUACCUCGAAACACGAUCUUGAACAGAAUAUGUGCAAUCGUUUGAACUUUUCAAGAUUGAAAAUUUGUACAUAGAUGUACGUAUGUAUGUACUUUUCUCUCUAGUUUCUCUGGCUGACGUCGAACGUCAAACGUCGAACGUCGAUCAUUCCCCGAAGGAAAUACUUUUAGAACUUGAACAUUUGCCAGCGAAGCGUCGUAUCACUUGUUAGCUGCAGUUUCAUCAAACAUGUACCGAAACUAUUUCUACGUAAUAUGUAUAGUUUUGCGACAUUCCGAUGGGGAAAAAUAUCAAUCGUAUCUCGAUGCAAUCGACGUUCAAGCGUUUUUCUUUUCUCAUUCCUAAUCAGCAAUGGCGGAACGACUGUUUGUUGUUUGAAGAGUUGGUGACACAGAUGCCGUUGGAAUGUCUAAAGGUUCUCUUCCAUGAGAUACAUACGAGUAUAGUGUAAAAUUAUAUGUCGUCGAUUUUUAAGCUGACAAAAACUUUUCGAAUAGCCAAGUUGAACAUUAAAGUUUGUCUGUCGGAGGCAUAUAUAUGUAUAGAGGGUGUAGAUCGUAUACAUAUAUGUGUAUAAUAGGUAUCGCGCGCGGUAUAGCUGUUUUCGGAUAAUAUAUCUAGGACAGUUAUGUUUAUGAUUUCAUACGGUCUGUGUUUACAUUGUUAUACAUUGACGAAGGAUUUGGGUAAACAAUGAUGAUGUUCGUAGAUAAGCCGGUCACUAUGCGAACAUGCGAACGAUACAAGGAGGGAAGAUUCAUAUGGAUGUAGUAUGGCUCUCGGUUAGAGAGAGCCAGAAAGAUGAUCCUGAGUCUGAGCUCUCGCCCGAACCGCAUACGAUCUGGUAUCUGGCCUCGGUCUCGGGAGUCCCGAGUCGGGACUCGCACCCCGAGUCUCGGCUCUCGGGUCUCGGGUUCAGUUUUCAGUUGGCGGCCAGGAUCCGUCGCGUGCGCUUCGCUAUUUACGUUGAUUUUCCGCGACCCGCUGCCGCACCGCGCCGUUUCGUUUCGUUUACUAAUCGCACACUACUUAUGCCGCACCGCUGGCGCCGUUCGAAAUCUCGAGUGUUACCACUUUAAACGACAAAAUAUUCUCCCAUCCAUGUAAAAACAAAUUGUCCUUAUUAACUUGAUAUUUAACGAAAUUUUGUAAUAUCAUUCACACGUUUUAUAUUGGCGUUUACAACGCAGGCUUCAACAUUUCUCAAACAGUUUAAUUAAUUAAAACCGUGUUUUAAUGAUUUUUGGCUAAACAAAGUGUAACGUCAAGUUACAUUAAAAGGUGCAAUUGCGAUCAAUUAAUUUCCUACUCGAAUGACGAUACAUCAGUUAAGAAAACUCUUCAGCGUGAGUAAUUUUCGUCGGCAAGUAUAAAGUUUGAUCUCAUCCCCAGGAUAUAUAAAGUUACUUUUACAUAGUACUUGGGAAUAGCUCGCCGUGAUCUGGAUUUUCAAGAUCUGGAAACAUAUUUAAUCAUAAACGAAACACAUCGGUGGUUUGCAAUAAAUGCGUGAGCAGCAGCAGCGGCAGUUGGAGAAAGUUUUAACGAACAUUUUAAAAUGUCACCCAUCGCCUGCCGCGUUUCCAUUCAAAGAAUCGAAUAAGAUCCAAAUCUAGUCCAAUUAUACAAACGGGAGCUUAGAUUUAAUAUAAUACAAAUUAUAACUAGUUAUAAUUAUUAAUUUAUUUAAAUUAUCAGUUAUAAUACAUUCGAAUAAUUAUUAUAAUUAUUUUAAUCGUUGCACGUUUAAAUAAUAAUUUGAAAAAAAAUUCACUAGAAAGUUAAAGGUAAAAUACGUUUUAUCUCGCGGAAGACAAGUGUAUAGUAUAAAAAGGUAGUUUUUAAUCAUGCUGCACGGUUUAAUAUGGUCAAAUAUCAUAGUGAUCCUAUCAUGCUGGAAUAUUUUCUUAAAAAGUGUACAAUGUUUGGUUGUUCGUACACUGGUGUGAGGACCAAGAUGACGAAACUUGCAACGCUUUUAAUGACGAAUCACUAGCCAUAUCGAUUCUUAUGGAAAAUUACAAUUCCGGAUCCUAACGCGCAGAGUGUCAUGAAAAUGAAUUUACAACGUGGACCGUUCAAGAAAUGUUCAAACUAAUCGUGCGGUACCUACCUACCUGCCAACUUUGUUUUAUUCGAACCAGUGUAAAAGAUGAAACGCGGAGUGUAACGUAAGCGGACACGAUCCAGAAUGUUGAUUAUCGGUUAUAAUAUGCCCAAUAAUGCAGCGGUACCAUUCGACUAUUUCGAUAACGUUAAUAUAGAUCGAUCGUUUGUCAGCGGUGCAUCGGCACCUUCAACAAUGACUUCUAUCGUUGUGAACGUCACUUCACCUACUCUCGCGAAGCCUGGUCAAGACAAUCUUCUUGAAAAUUUAAUCAUACCUUUAUACGGGACGAUAUUUUUACUUUCCGUGAUUGGCAAUUCCUUGGUGCUGAUCACGUUGGCACGUAACAAGAGGAUGCGGACUGUCACCAACGUUUACCUGUUGAAUCUGGCAGUUUCGGAUUUGCUGCUCGGUGUCUUUUGUAUACCUUUCACACUUCUCGGCCAGAUACUGAAGAACUUUGUCUUUGGUAUUACGUUGUGCAAACUUAUACCGUACUUUCAAGCUGUGUCCGUUUCCGUGGCCGUUUGGACUCUUGUCGCUAUUUCUCUGGAACGUUACUUUGCCAUCUGCAGACCGCUAAAGUCCAGACGAUGGCAAACUCAAUUUCAUGCUUACAAAAUGAUCGCCGUGGUCUGGAGUGCGAGUUUAACAUGGAACGCGCCAAUUCUCGUGGUUUCACGACUUCAAAGUAUACGCGGCGGACGGCACAAAUGUCGAGAAGGGUGGCCGAGCGUCGGUACCGAAAGAGCUUACAAUCUCUUCUUGGACGUAACGUUGCUUCUGGUUCCGCUAAUAGUAAUGAGCCUGGCUUAUUCGCUAAUUGCUGCGGAACUUUGGCGUGGAUUACGACAGGAAAUGCGACAGACAUCGAGCUGUCCACGACGUCUCGAGAGGACAGAAUCCAGUGGAAUGGUGCGUAAUUUGUCGUACGACAAGAGUGACGGAGGAUCAGGUGCAACGGUGGUUCUGAACGCUUGCGAUACAUCCUCGAGAUUAAAACAAGGAUUUUCCAGCUCGCGCGGAUACUUGCAAGGCGAUCCUCGGGAAAUAGCAUCUACGGUGCGCAUCCCACGAACGAGGUUCUCGAGGGUUCUUAGUGGUAAAUUUCAAGCAGCAGACUUUUCGCACGAAUCGAGAAUACAGAUCCGGACAAACGGUAGUAAUUGCUCGGCCAGUGAUACCAAGGACACGAUCAACGAAUCACAGCAGGAUUCCGGUUGUCCGUUUAGCAGACAACACGCGAUACGUAGCAAUUACGUGGGCAAAAGUAUCGAAGCUAAAAAGAAGGUGAUCAGAAUGCUGUUUGUCAUUGUGCUAGAGUUUUUCAUCUGCUGGGCGCCACUGCAUGUGAUCAAUACGUGGUACCUUUUCGCUCCGGAAUGGGUUUAUUCCGUGGUCGGGAGUACUGGCAUUAGCUUUGUGCAUCUACUCGCCUACGUUUCCAGUUGUUGCAAUCCCAUCACGUAUUGUUUCAUGAACAGAAAGUUUCGCCAGGCGUUUCUUAACCUAUUCGACUGUCAUCGGUGUUGGAGAGUAGGAUGUAGGAACAGCGAUAUUGCUAUGACAUCUGCAAGGAAUGCGAUACAAGGUGGAAACAAUAGCGAACUGAGCGGAAACGAGUCGACGAUCGAUCUUGGAAAAGCUUCGCUCGUCGCCAGAUCCGAGGUAGUGAGACUCCUGGAGGAGGAGGAGGAGGAGGAGGAUCGCGUCUAGUAUCAUACAAGCAGAACACGUGCUGCAGCGAGAAUCAAAGAUGAAACGUAAUGUUGCUGCAAACUGGUAACAAACAAAAUCACUUUGUUUUAAAGAUACCUUGGCGUUUGUCCAUUUUGGCUACAAACGAGAAACGUCAAUGAUGCACAGUCUUGCUCAUCGAGAUCAUCCCGCACGGACAAUCUCACUUUCCUUUACGACUGAUUACGGAAGAAUACGAGUAUAUGUAUAUCGUUCUUUGUUCGAUGGAGAACGCCUAGAUACAUACAUACAUAAUUUAACGAACAAUGUGAAAAUACAUCCAUUCAGACGCGUUGCGUCUUAACAAUUUCCGUAGUCGGAGAUUUUAGUUAAAGGCUUGGAAUUCGUACGGCUAAGGAAUAGAAACAAAAGAUUUUUUUAAACGAAAGCUUCGUGAUUUUUCCGUUUCAAAGUUUCUGGUAUUUAGUUCUACCGAAAUAUUAUCGUUUUAUUAAUGUUAAAUGAGAAUUUACAUAAAUUGUCCACUUAGUUGUGAGAAAUCCACGAAAGAUUCAAUUGUCAAGCAGUAGUGAGAAGCUAUUAAAAAUGUAAAGAGAGUAUUUGUUAUCGUAUAAAUCUACAGAGAACAAUAAAUGUAGAAAAACAGAUAAGCGAUUAAGAUUUCAUUCUACACGGUCCCAUCUACCUAUAAUACAAUAUCGUACGUAUUCUUUACUUAAAACAUUUCAUUAGCUAUAUACUGAUGAUUUAAGUAAAAAUGGUAAGAGACAAAAGUUUGUUAGACAGAGGGAAUAAUUGGUGGCCAACCAAGUGUAAAGGUUGUCAACUAUCGCAUGUGUUGUUCGUUUUGAACCUCGGAACGAAAUGAUCGAUAACGGAGGUAUGCUUACAAGUCGUAAGUAGUACCACUAUUACUCAAAGCGACUUACUUCUCUCAACUAUUAUUUAGCAGAACCGAUCAUAGUAGCUGGU